CAUCACCCGGGAGCGGAGCCUCCGAGACUCCGCCUAACUGCCACCCAAACUCUCCCUCUCCCUCCCGACGCCCCGAACCGGAGGCAGCGGUGCCUGGGAGCAGCCUCGGCAGCUGCGGCCCCAGCCCCGGCCCCGGCCCCGGCCCCGCCCCCGCCCCGCGCGCACGCCGCGCGGAUCGGCCGAGCCCGGCGCGCGAGCCCUCGCCCUCGCCCCCUCGCCGCGCCCGCCGCGCCGCUGCCUGCCCGCCCCCGCCGGCCGAGGCUGGGCUGCGGGAGGCGGCGGGCAGCCCCGAGCCUAGCGAGGGCGACCACAACAAAGGCAGCAUCCGGGGCUGGGUGGAUGCAAACAACCAUGAGAGACUGGGCUCGCCGCCUCCCCGGCUCCGCUGCUGCCGCCGCUGCCGCUCCUCCUCCCGCCGCCCGGAGGGCUCCGCUGUGAAGCGAAGGGAGGCAGGGGCGCCGCGCUGCUGGGCGUGCAUCCGAAAGGUGAGAGCCCGGAGCCCGAGGAGGGGGCGGGCAGGCCACGACCAUGUCCUCGGCCGUGGGGCCCCGCGGUGCUCGCCCACCCACCGUGCCUCCCCCCAUGCAAGAGCUGCCCGACCUGAGCCACCUGACCGAGGAGGAGAGGAACAUUAUCAUGGCAGUGAUGGACCGGCAGAAGGAAGAGGAGGAAAAAGAAGAAGCCAUGCUCAAGUGUGUUGUCAGGGACAUGGCGAAGCCUGCUGCCUGCAAAACACCAAGAAAUGCUGAAAACCAGCCCCACCAACCUUCACCGAGAUUGCAUCAACAAUUUGAAAGCUAUAAGGAACAAGUGAGAAAAAUAGGGGAAGAAGCACGGCGUUACCAGGGCGAGCACAAAGACGAUGCUCCGACUUGUGGCAUCUGUCACAAAACAAAGUUUGCUGAUGGUUGCGGCCACCUCUGCUCCUACUGCCGCACCAAAUUCUGCGCCCGUUGCGGAGGCCGCGUGUCUCUGCGAUCGAACAACGAGGACAAAGUGGUUAUGUGGGUAUGCAAUUUAUGUCGAAAGCAACAAGAAAUCUUAACCAAAUCUGGGGCCUGGUUCUUUGGAAGUGGCCCUCAGCAGCCCAGUCAGGAUGGAACCCUAAGUGAUACAGCUACAGGUGCUGGUUCCGAGGUUCCCAGAGAAAAGAAAGCCCGGCUCCAGGAGCGAUCACGGUCUCAGACUCCCCUAAGCACCGCAGCUGCCUCCUCCCAGGACACCGCUCCUCCCAGUGCACAACCAGACAGGAGCAAGGGGGCUGAGCCCUCCCAGCAAGCCAUGGGGCCAGAACAGAAGCAGGCUGCAUCCAGGUCUAGAAGUGAACCUCCAAGAGAGAGGAAGAAGACGCCUGGGCUCCCUGAACAGAAUGGCAAAGGAGCCCCAAAGAGCGAGCGGAAACGCGUGCCAAAGACCUCAGUGCCACCGGGCGAGGGGGCCUUGGAAGACCGGGAGCGGAAAGAAAGGCGGGAAAGCCGGAGGCUGGAGAAAGGCCGGUCCCAGGACUUCUCCGACCUGCCGGGAAAGCGAGAGGAGGGCAAAGCGGCGGUCGAUGAGAAGCAGAGGAGCGAGGAGUACCAGACCAGGUACCGCAGCGACCCGAACCUGGCGCGGUACCCCGUGAAAGCGCCGCUGGAGGAGCAGCAGAUGCGCAUGCACGCCCGGGUGUCCCGCGCCAGGCACGAGCGGCGCCACAGCGACGUGGCGCUCCCGCACACCGAGGCGGGCGCCGCGCCCCCCGAGAGCAAGGCGGCCAAGCGCGCCCCCGCUGGCCCCAGGGCCGGGCCGCCCGACGCGCCGCGGACCUACCCGGCCGAGAGGACUGCGGACGCCCGGGCGCCCGGCGCCAAGCCGCUGACGAACCCCAGCCCGCCGGCGCCCAGGCAUGGGCCGGCCCCCGCACCAGCCCUGGAGCCCAAAGCCCAGGAGCCCCUCAGGAAGCAGAGCCGCCUGGACCCCAGCUCGGCCGUGCUCAUCCGCAAGGCCAAGCGCGAGAAGGUGGAGACGAUGCUGCGGAACGACUCGCUGAGCUCCGACCAGUCCGAGUCGGUGCGGCCGUCCCCGCCCAAGCCGCACCGGCCCAAGAGGGGCGGCAAGAAGCGGCAGAUGUCGGUGAGCAGCUCGGAGGAGGAGGGCGUGUCCACGCCGGAGUACACCAGCUGCGAGGACGUGGAGCUGGAGAGCGAGAGCGUCAGCGAGAAAGGUGACUUGGAUUAUUACUGGUUGGAUCCUGCCACGUGGCAUAGUCGGGAAACAUCACCGAUUAGUUCGCAUCCUGUAACGUGGCAACCAUCUAAAGAGGGAGACCGAUUAAUUGGACGUGUUAUUCUUAACAAGAGAACAACUAUGCCCAAAGAAUCAGGUGCAUUACUGGGUCUGAAAGUUGUUGGAGGAAAAAUGACUGACUUAGGACGCCUUGGUGCCUUCAUCACCAAAGUAAAGAAGGGUAGCCUUGCAGAUGUAGUUGGACAUUUAAGAGCAGGGGAUGAAGUUCUAGAAUGGAAUGGUAAACCCCUGCCGGGAGCUACAAAUGAAGAAGUUUACAACAUUAUUUUAGAAUCAAAAUCAGAACCUCAAGUUGAAAUUAUUGUUUCAAGGCCUAUUGGUGACAUUCCAAGGAUUCCUGAGAGCUCCCACCCUCCCUUGGAAUCCAGUUCAAGUUCUUUUGAAUCUCAGAAGAUGGAAAGGCCUUCCAUUUCUGUUAUUUCUCCAACAAGUCCUGGAGCUCUAAAAGAUGCCCCGCAAGUCUUACCAGGACAACUUUCUGUGAAACUGUGGUAUGAUAAAGUGGGACACCAGCUGAUUGUAAAUGUUCUGCAAGCAACAGAUCUACCUUCCAGGGUAGAUGGGCGGCCCAGGAAUCCCUAUGUAAAAAUGUAUUUUCUUCCAGAUAGAAGUGAUAAAAGUAAGAGGAGGACCAAAACCGUAAAGAAAGUACUAGAACCAAAAUGGAAUCAAACUUUUGUCUAUUCACAUGUACAUCGUAGAGAUUUUAGAGAACGAAUGUUAGAAAUAACUGUGUGGGAUCAACCAAGAGUGCAAGAAGAAGAGAGCGAAUUUCUCGGAGAGAUCCUCAUAGAAUUGGAGACAGCACUUUUAGACGAUGAACCACAUUGGUAUAAACUGCAGACACAUGAUGAAUCUUCACUACCUCUGCCUCAGCCAUCACCUUUCAUGCCAAGGCGACACAUUCAUGGAGAAAGCUCCAGCAAAAAACUACAAAGAUCUCAGCGAAUCAGUGAUAGUGACAUCUCAGAUUAUGAGGUGGAUGAUGGUAUUGGAGUAGUGCCUCCAGUAGGUUAUAGGUCUAGUGCUAGAGAAAGUAAAUCUACAACAUUAACUGUGCCAGAACAGCAAAGAACAACUCAUCACCGCUCACGCUCAGUAUCUCCUCAUCGCGGCGAUGAUCAGGGAAGGCCGCGUUCACGUUUACCAAAUGUGCCAUUACAGAGGAGUUUAGAUGAAAUUCAUCCAACAAGAAGGUCACGUUCUCCAACCAGACACCAUGAUGCCUCUAGAAGUCCAGUUGAUCACAGAUCCAGAGAUGUGGAUAGUCAGUAUUUAUCUGAACAAGACAGUGAGCUUCUUAUGCUGCCCAGAGCAAAACGAGGACGAAGUGCAGAAUGCCUACAUACUACCAGUGAACUGCAGCCCUCCCUUGACAGGGCUAGGAGUGCUAGUACCAACUGCUUGAGACCAGAUACUAGUUUGCAUUCACCAGAACGAGAAAGGGGUAGAUGGUCCCCCUCCCUAGAUAGGAGACGACCUCCUAGUCCCAGGAUUCAAAUCCAGCAUGCUUCUCCGGAGAAUGACAGGCACUCCAGAAAAUCUGAAAGAUCUAGCAUCCAAAAACAGACUAGGAAAGGCAUUGCUUCUGAUGCAGAAAGGACACACAGACAAGGAAGUCCAUCCCACUCUCCUCCCGCGGACACUUCCUUCAGCAGCCGGAGGGGCAGACAGCUCCCACAAGUGCCCAUGAGAAGCGGCAGUAUAGAACAAGAACAAGAAAAAUAUAACUCUUCCACAAAAGCAAGCUUAGUAGUGGAGGAGCGAACAAGACAGAUGAAAAUGAAAGUGCAUCGAUUUAAGCAGACAACAGGGUCUGGUUCUAGUCAAGAACUUGAUCGCGAGCAAUAUUCCAAGUAUAGCAUACAUAAAGAUCAGUACAGAAGCUGUGAUAACGUCUCUGCCAAAUCAUCAGAUAGUGAUGUCAGUGAUGUGUCCGCCAUUUCCAGAACCAGCAGUGCCUCUCGCCUCAGCAGCACAAGCUUUAUGUCAGAGCAGUCUGAGCGCCCCAGGGGUAGAAUCAGUUCAUUUACCCCUAAAAUGCAAGGCAGACGGAUGGGGACUUCAGGAAGAGCCAUCACGAAGAGCACCAGUGUGAGUGGAGAGAUGUACACACUGGAGCAUAAUGAUGGCAGCCAGUCGGACACAGCGGUGGGGACCGUAGGAGCAGGUGGGAAGAAACGGAGGUCCAGCCUGAGCGCCAAGGUGGUCGCCAUAGUGUCCCGACGGAGCAGAAGCGCGUCCCAGCUGAGCCAAACGGAGUCGGGCCACAAGAAGUUAAAAAGCACUAUCCAGAGAAGCACAGAAACGGGAAUGGCAGCCGAAAUGAGGAAGAUGGUAAGACAACCAAGUCGAGAGUCCACGGACGGCAGCAUCAACAGUUACAGCUCCGAGGGAAACCUAAUAUUUCCUGGAGUGAGGCUAGGAGCGGACAGUCAAUUCAGUGAUUUUCUCGAUGGGCUGGGACCAGCCCAGCUGGUUGGCCGCCAAACCCUUGCCACCCCUGCAAUGGGCGAUAUACAAAUUGGAAUGGAGGAUAAAAAGGGCCAAUUAGAAGUUGAAGUGAUUAGAGCACGAAGCCUCACGCAAAAGCCUGGCUCCAAAUCUACACCUGCUCCAUAUGUCAAGGUAUAUCUUUUGGAAAACGGGGCCUGUAUAGCCAAGAAGAAGACAAGAAUUGCACGGAAAACCCUUGAUCCUUUGUAUCAACAAUCCCUGGUGUUUGAUGAAAGUCCGCAGGGUAAAGUUCUUCAGGUGAUCGUCUGGGGAGACUAUGGAAGAAUGGACCAUAAAUGCUUUAUGGGUGUGGCCCAGAUCUUAUUGGAAGAACUUGAUCUGUCCAGUAUGGUAAUCGGAUGGUACAAAUUGUUCCCGCCCUCAUCGUUGGUGGAUCCCACACUCACUCCCCUAACCCGCAGGGCUUCCCAAUCAUCUCUGGAAAGUUCAACUGGGCCUCCCUGCAUCCGAUCGUAGUGAACUCAUACUAGAGUCAUUCCAACAAAGCUCUACCUUUCAGGAUAAUAAUCGGAACCAGAUAUUUCAUGAUCAAAAGCAUUGUUGGAGACAGACAAUCAACUUGUGCUUUGCCUGUAGUAGUUUUUCAAUAAUGUGUCCCAACUGUUGUUUCAAAUCUGGCUUCAUAUGACAGAACAAGGCAGUGUGUCAGAUUACAGUAAGAGCCAACAAGCUAGUGAGAACCACUGAUGCUUCUAAAAAACAGAAAAAGAAGACACUUCAAAUUUACACACACACACACACACACACACGCACGCACGCACACACACACGCACUUAGGCCCACACGCACGCACCCCAAAUUGAACAAACUGGAAACUCUCGCUCUGUGAUAAGUUGUAUUUUACACGUUUUUACACAGACCACGAGCAGUGUUAUUUCCCUGGUGUUGGACAAGUUGUGUUCUUUCGUGUUUUGUUUCUGUGUGUGUUAUUUGUUGCUUUUGGGUUUGUUUUGUUUCGUUUUUUACUGAGUUUGUUAUUUACACUGGUUCUCGGCUGUGUCGUGACAGGCCUCGUGAUGCUUACAGAGACCCUUCCUUUCUUUUUCCAAACGCGCACAAAAAGGGCUGGAGCAGCCUCUGUAGCAUCUCCCCUGCGUGCUCCACAGCUGAGCCAGGCGAGGCCCCUGGAGGGCUCCGCUGGCUUUCGUGCUGUAAUUCUUCAGUCUGAUGUGUGGAAACCCAGAAAUCAAAAAAAGUUACCUUCCAAAAAAUAAUCCCUGAAUCACCAUGUUUAAUGGAGAGCACAUCUGUUCACAUUCUAAAAAUGUUACUUUCUUUUCCAUUGUUCUGCAUGGAAGACUUUUAAAGAAGUCAAUCUGCAACUAAUGCUGGGGACUAAAAUUAACGGCAUAAUCGUACCUUGGAAACACUCCUUGUAAUGCCUUUUUCUUCCCGAUAUAAAAAAAAAGUAUAUGCUCAUGUGUAUAAACCACACUUUUGACUUCAAACGGUGAUUAAAAUGGAUUUGGACCUAAGACACUGUGGGCUAUGCCCGGGCUUCUCGGCCGUGCCUCAGUGCAGACACACCCGUCCACCCGGAAAGAGCAUGGUAUGAGCUGUUCAGUAUUUCACUGGAAAUUCCAGUUGAACUAUCCUGCACUAAACUAAUGUUUUUAUCGAAUUUUAGUUUACAUUUCUUUGAGAUCGAUGCAAGCACAAAGCUCGUUUUUGGUUUUUUUUUUAAUGCAAAGUAUCUUACUUUUUGGGGGGGAGAUAAAACAAAGUCAAAUUUCAAUGUGCAUUUUCUUCAUCUGAGUUUUUCUUGGCCUUGACUUUCCCUUGUGGCAUUCUGUGUGUGCGUUCCAUACUGCAGACCCUGCAGGUGCAUUGACAUGUUCUCCUCCUUUUAUGAGUCAUUCAACUUUUCGACUACACAGAUAGAGCAGCAUGACUUGGAACUGUUCAACGCUGCAUGCACAUUUUGUAAAAAAAUAAAAUAAAAAAUAAUAAAUAAAAAAUGAAAGAGAAAAGAAACAAAAGGCUAUUUAAUAAUGUACGUUAGUUCCACAUAGGCCCGCUUGUAUGUUGCAUGUACUUGUACAUUUUGCUUGUUAAUUACUAUACUGAAAUAACCAAGAAAUCUAAGCCAUCCAUUUUUGUUAUAGGCAUUUUGCAGGUUUCUGCCAGACUCGAUCUGUGAGCCUGGGGUGAAAUGUCUAUAGAUGGACUUUAUUUUUUACCCUCUGGAAAACGUGAUGUAGUAUGGACCAAAUUCCUUCUAAUAAAUAUUUUGGUGUAGAUUCUAACUGUGGGGCUGUAACACAUGUAGACACUGUGUACACACUAGGUUUUAAUCCAUAGACAUACUGCCUGCACCAAGUGAAUUCUUUAUCAUUAUUUACACACGCCAGAAUCACCUGCCCAUCAUUCCACAGGGCACAGACUGACCACUAUUCACCAUGCUGAGCGGGAAGAACUGAAGCAUUGGUGCACUUCUACUAGACUCCGUUCUGUCUUAGUGGCCAACAAUCAACUAUAAUUGGGUAGUAUCUUUCUAUUUUGACCACUUGUCUUAACACUCCCCUGUGCUUUUAAAUGAACUUCCAACUCAUGUAUGUGAACAUGUUUAAUAAAAUUUACUUUUCAUGUC